CCGGAACUCAAACAGAUCCUCAAACUUACAAAUCUCCGGCCAGCCCAGCUCAAACUCCCCCGGCAGCUCCGCCGCCUCUAGCACGCCCCGCAGCUCCUCUCCUGCUCGGCACUCAAGAACCGCAACAGAUACCCCAGACCGACAUGCAGCCCGUACUCGGCAGGGUCGGGAUGCCGAAUCCCCAUCGCCGCCACCAGGCGAUCCCUCAACCUGCGCACCCGCCUCUCCUCCGCAGGCGUCGCCCCCCCUCGACCGCGACCCCGAUGCCGACCUCGAGCGGGCUGAACCACCCGACCACGCGCAACCGAUACGGCGGCGCGCCGUCCCCAUCCUCACCGUCCUUCUGACGCAAGCUAAACCCCCUCAACCGCGCCUCCAAAAAGAAAGCCAUGCACUCAUCCACCUCGACAUCCCGCGCCAGGCCACACGGCCAGUACACCCCCUCGCCG